AUGAGCUCCUUUCAAGAGGGAAAGGACUGCCUUGGGUGGGAAGCAAGCGAUGCCUCUGGAGUUCUGUCACCUUACCAUUUUAAGCGAAGAUCAAUCAGUGCUGAUGACAUUUCAGUGAAGAUUACAUACUGUGGAACAUGUUAUGGUGACGUAAUUUAUACCAGGAACAAACAUGAAGACUCAAAAUAUCCUGUAGUUCCAAGUCAUGAGAUUGCUGGAAUCUUGCAAGAAGUAGGCUCCAAUGUCCAGCGGUUCAAAAUUGGUGACCCUGUUGGAGUGGAAACAUAUAUUAAUUCAUGCAGAAAUUGUGAUGAAUGUAAUGAAGGACUAGAAGUGCAGUGCCCAAAUGGAAUGGUUCCCAUAAUUAAUGCUGUGGAUGUAGAUGGUACAAUCACAAAGGGAGGAUCUAGUUUCAUUGUUGUUAUUGAAAGGUACUGCUACAAGAUACCUGAAAACUACCCAUUAGCUCUAGCAGCACCUUUACUUUGUUCAGGAAUUACUGUUUACACUCCCAUGAUCCACUACAAGAUGAACCAACCUGGUAAAUCUCCAGGGGUGAUAGGGCUUGGAGGCCUUGGUCACAUGGCAGUGGAUUUUGGCAAAGCUUUUGGAGUGGAUUUCAGUACAAGUAUAUCCAAGAAAGAGGAAGCCUUGAAUGUCCUUGGAGCAGACAAAUUUGUUGUCUCAACUGAUGAGGAAGAAAUGAAGGCCUUGUCUAGAACUUUGAACUUCAUAAUUGACUCAGCAUCAGGAGACCAUCCAUUUGAUCCAUACAUGUCCCUCCUGCAGACUAAUGGCCUGUUCGUCAUGGUUUGCUAUCCAAAAGAAGUAAAACUCGAUCCCCUGAGCCUUUUUACAGGUAUGAGAUUGAUUACUGGAAGUUUCACUGGAGGGACGAAAUUGACACAAGAAAUGUCGGAUUUCUGUGCUGCCAACAAAAUAUAUCCGGAGAUCGAAGUGAUGCCAAUUGAAUACGCUUAUGAAGCCUUUGAGAGGAUGUUGAAGGGAGAUGUCAAGUAUCGAUUGUGAUCGACAUCGAGAACUCUUUGAAGUGAAACCAUAGGAAAAUAAGAGGAUUUGUUUGGUGAUCCUCACAUUUAUACUGUUUUGGAGCGAUUCCAUAAUAAAGGAAAUGACUGAAUCUUUGUCGAUU